CGACAUCUGAGACAGAUUUCAAAGCGUGUUUUUAAAGCCAUAUGAUUACAACAGUGGUUCGUCCAACUUUCAAUUUAUAGACAUUAAAAAGAAUGAUAUGAUGGAUGUGGAUUUGUUAAGACCAGGCACAGUGCCAAUUUCACCUGAGACGAUUUUAUGGUUCGAAUUCUUGUUAAAUCCGUCUUUAUUGCAGCAACAUUUAUCGAAACCUUCUCCUGAUCCUUCAGCUACAGAUCUGAUAGUAAAGUUUAUAACAAUAAACUCCGAGCAGAAGGAGAAUGAUGCGAAAACUGUUGAUGCUGAAACUAAUGAAGCGAUACCCAACACUGCUCAUAAAUGGAGCCACAGAAACCUUGCAUUAAAAAUUUUAGCUCUAAAAGUAGCUACACAUCUAAAAUGGGAUUUAGACAUUCUAGAGAGAAAGUUACCUUUGCCAAUACAAAUGACAUUACUUCAAGAUCUUAUUUACGUGACAUCAGACAUGACCAUUGAAAUACCUGCUGUACCUGAAUUUUCAUUGCAAACGAUAUCUGACCAAACUCUGUUCACAAUAGUUUUAUAUCAUAGGUGGCAUAUUAGAGCAAUUACUUACAGAGCCUUAAAUAAUAAACAGUCAAAACAACAAUUUCUUCAUAUUCCAGGUAUUCAAGAGUCAACAUAUGUACCCCCAGGAAUAGUGGAUGAUAUAAUUAGGAAAUUAGAAGCACAUAUAUCUACCAGUGUAAAUGUUUUAAACAAUGUUUUAGAAACUAAAGAAUUGAGUCCAAAAAUUUUGUCUUUCGAUACUUUCCAAAUAUUAACUGAGGACAGUACAGAGAUUAAACAGAAUUGGGAGAAUAUGUGCCCUAUAAAUAUCGAUGAAUUUAAGUGUCAGAUACAUUAUGAUUUGGCAAAAUUCCACCUACUGAAAGAGGAGUAUCAGGAAGCAAAGCGUCACAUUAUACAAGCAAAAGAAUUAUUUUAUAAACUUAAUGCUUCAGAAAGUAGGCUAUAUUGUAAAGUGAGAAAGGAAUAUUUAGAUGGCUGCUGUUUAGCAUGUGAAGUUCCUGUAGAUGGAAUAAGUGCAAGUCUCACUCAACAGUUGCAGGCAUCAAUUAAAGAUCAGUAUACUAACAUAUUGCAGAUCUUACAAGCUGACAACAUUACAAGAGAAAUCCCUCAGGUUUAUAGAGAUAACUUAGAGCUUGAUAUACAAGGAGGGUCUGUAAAUAGAAAGAUUGUUGUAGCUCGUGAUCUUUUACUUCAAAUUCAAUGUUUAAAUUUAGUAAGGAAAAUCUUAGAUGGUAGUAUUAUUCUUGGUGACUAUGUGACAGAAAUAGAAGCAGCUGGUCCUAAAGGAGUUGAUGUUUUCUUUUGGGCUCUCAGUAAUGCUUUAGAAAAGACCUCUGUAAUUGAUAAGAAACGUAUCUCUCGUUUUCUUCUUUACCUUAUACAUACUAGCAAUAUUAAUGGAGUUGCUUCUAAGGUACUUGAGGAUCCUGGGUACGUAGCAUUAUUUAAUGAGAAGGAACUGGACGAAAUUAAAAAAUCAGUCGCUGUUGAAGACGUGGAAUUACCAGAUUUAUUGCUGAAGAAUGAUUGGGGCAUUCCAUUGGUAACAUACACCAAGAGUACAAGAGUAGAAAUGUUUGAAUUGGAACAGAGAUUAAUACAGUCUUACAACACCUCUGAAAUUCACGAAACAUUGAUACAUUUAGAUGGGAAACCACGAAUGAAAGCUUUGUGGCACGUGAACAGUUGUUGGGAAUUACCCAUUCCAUUGCAGAGUGUUGUAAUGUCCCUUCCUAGGGGGUUUCUUCAAGACUAUGCAUACGUAUUACUUGCUAAAAGUCGAGAAUUGGUAAUGCUCAAAGAUUUUGAAGGUGCGAUCGAGACCUUGACUGUCCUGGAGAAAGAGGCACAACAACAUUCUCAAAGUGGAAACACGUUAAUAUUUAAGCUAUGUAAACUAGUAAAUUGGGAGUGCCUCCUCGUUGAAAUAUGGAGGUGUCUUUACGCUUGGCCAGCGACAAAUAUAUGUGACAUGCAGAGUUUAGUUGCAAGAUGCAAGCAAUGUCUUGGAGCAUUACAAGCAACGGAUCAAGUUAUACCACGACAAGAGAUCAUCGAGUACUGCACUGUUUUUCUUUUAAACAUGGCUGAAUGGGAUUACCUCACUAGCUUAGAAAAGCGUUGGAGCUAUACUGAAUUUGCUGCAGCUAUCAGCAGCGUCUGUCAAGAUAUCAUGAAGUACAAAAGCGGACGAAAAUUUCCAAGGGAAGCCUGGGACAUGGUUUUAGCUGCAUUUGGACCCAGCAGAGAUCAACCACAAAAACGUGGCAAUAGUGGAAACAGCGGGACUGCCGGUAGCGCUUCAAGAGACGUUGUUGCUAGCAUUGGAAGUACUCUCAGUAGACUGCGUGAACCUAUGGUUCUUACUGUUGUUAUUUCAUUGUUAGCACGUUUACGUAACGUUUUGCGCGAUGAAUCUAGCCUUGAAUUGCACACACAGUAUCUUUCUCUUUGGCCGGCCGGUGUACCAAACGCCAAUUCUUAUAACAUUAGGACCAUAGGAGAGUUACUAUUCCAACUAUUGUCGCAAGCUUUGAAAUAUUAUCCAAGUAACGUUCCGUGGUUGAGGUUGAUGGGGGAUCUGAACUUCGUUCUAGGGUAUUACGAGAGUGCAAUGAAAUAUUAUUUAGAAGCUAUCAUGGUAUCUAGUGAUUUGUUUAGUCAACCGGUGCCACGAUCGCAGAUCGACGAUCUCGUUUACAGGCGUAUGAUCAAAUGUUGCGCCCACUUACAAUGUUACACUCAAGCUGCUGUUUUAUGCCAGUUUUUAGAGGAAGUGGAUUAUGCUUUGGCGUUUAAAAUGGCAGCGAGUGAUCAGAAAAGUUGCGCACCGGCUGAUGCUAUGGAUGCAUAUUACCAUUGUAUUUGGGACACAACAAUACUCGAAUAUCUGAUACAUUUGCACACAAAACGCGGUGAACAUCAUAGGAAACAGUUAGCGAUUAAAGUAAUUGGUUUAUUGGAAUUAAAUUCCAAUAAUAACGAGGAGAUACAGCGGGAAGCAGCAAACAUUCGUAAGGCGAAAUUUUUAAGGGCACUAGCGAAACAGUACGUUUACUAAUGGAUAUUUACACGUGCGAAAUUUUAUAGAAUUGUAUAAUAUCUUUUUAUCGCUCAAAUAUACUGUUUUUUAUA